CAACAGCAUUCUUGGACCCCCUUGGGGUCCCCGGAUCCGGGAAGGUUGCGGUGUUGUUCUCUACUACUCCAAUCCCAGGGAUGGGGAUGGGGAAGGGGCUGAUUAAUACUACCACCCUUAGGCCCCCCACCACCGCGGUUCCCCCACCCCGCCGUCACCAAAGUGAGUGGACCUGCAACAUGGGACGAAAAUACAAGAGAAAAACUGAUAAACAGCGGGAUUCCACUGCCCUAGAAAAUGCAACGAGGGAAGUUAAAGAGAAGGGUGCUUCAGUUAGGGUUGCUGCUGCCAUGUUUGGAGUACCUAGAAGCACACUUCAAGACUAUGUACAAAGAUCCAGAACCAAGCCUGUUGAUGACCAGACCUUUGAAUUAGCAAGUUACUCUGUUAGACAAGUACUAACUCCAAACAUGGAAAAGGAAUUAGGCACUUACUUAAAAGACUCCUCUAAAAUGUUUCAUGGUUUAUCUACCAAGGUAACAAAGCGGCUGGCAUAUGAAUACGCUGUUGCUAACAAAUUAUGUGUUCCAGAAUCAUGGGCAAGGGAUGAAUCUGCUGGAAGAGAUUGGUUAACUGGAUUUCUUGAAAGACAAGGGGAUCUCUCUCUAAGAACCCCUGAAGCAACAAGUCUGGCUCGGAUGACAAGUUUUAAUAGAACUAACCUUGGCAUUUUUCAGACUAAACUAGAAGAGGUUUUACAGCGAUAUCAGUUAACAGAAUCACAAAUUUAUAACCUGGAUGAGACAGGAUGCACAACUGUUCAAAAAGUACCAAAGAUUAUUACACAGAAGGGUGUUCAUCAAGUUGGGCAGGUAACUUCACGUGAGCGUGGUGAGCUAGUAACAAUGGUUGCCAUUAUAUGUGCCAAUGGAAAUGCCCUGCCACCAUGUUUUAUAUUUCCACGAGUGAGAUUUGAUGAAGCUCGGAUGAUGAAUGGUGCUCCACAAGCAUGCACAGGACUUGUUCAUCCCAGUGGGUGGAUGACGAGCAAGAAUUUUCUCAAUGUUCUGCAGCACUUUGUCUUGAAUUCUAGGUGCAGUCUGGAUCAGAAAGUUCUGCUCAUAAUGGAUAACCAUGAGUCGCAUCUCUCUCUAGAGGCGAUUGAUUAUGCAAGGGAACAUGGCAUUAUAAUCCUGACUUUGCCUCCACAUACAUCACACAAGCUCCAACCCCUCGACAAAACUGUCUUUGGCCCAUUUAAGACCUACUACAAUCAGGGACUAAAUGCGUGGAUGCUACAGCACCCCGGACGUCCAGCAACUAUCUAUGAUAUGGCCCCAAUUAUGUCCACUGCUUGGGACAGACCAGCAACACCAGUAAAUAUAAAAUCUGGCUUUCGUUCCACAGGCAUUCACCCAUUCGACACUGGUGUCUUUCAAGAGGAAGAUUUUGGAGGGGCAUUUGUGACUGAUAGGCCUUUACCAAAUCAUCCAACUCCUUCAACCUCAGCAACCUCACAGGGAGCAUCAGGGCAGCCGGACCUUCCACCACCAACUCAGCAGCAUCCAAAUUCGACUGUUCAUACACCCCAGCUUGAUCAACCAUCAAGAGUUCAAACACAAGUCUCUGAUCCUCAGCAGUCCCAGCAAACUUCAGCUACUUCAGAUUUAAACAGAGAUAAGGAAUCAGCGAUUAUAGGCCUACCAUCUGGAGAAACAGCAACUGAUGAAUGUUCUCUUCAAGCCAAACCUAUUUCAAACCCUGGCCAUCAACUGCAGGUUUCUCCUCGGGAUAUUCGACCCCUCCCAAAAGCUGCACCGAGGAAAGGGACAGUUAAAGGUAGAAAAGGCGGAAAAUGUAUGAUAGCAACAGAUUCUCCAGAAAAGUUUGAAAUUGAAGAGAAACUAAAGAAAAGAAGUAAAGCACAAACAAAGAGAAAGAUCACGUUUGCCAAUGAAAGUUCCAAAACACCAAAAAUAAAAGUAAAGAAGGCAGGAGCACCAGAGAACACCAAGGAACACCCGAAGACCACAGCAGUGAUGAAGAAACACUUGAAACAGAACACCUCCUUGCUGAAGAGCUCAACAAGUCUUCCGACUUUUCAGAGGAGGAAAUCGACACCCCAGAAGUGGACUUCAUUGACAAAUUCCCAGAGAAAGGAGACUUUGUUGUUGUUGGAAUAG